CUCAAUAAUUUACUCGUUCCUGGGAUCCGACUGACUUUCAAUCAAUUUUUGUUUCUCAGCUUUUAUUUUUUUCCUUUUUGGGUAUUGGGAAAUAUUUUCCUGCGAAUUGCUUAAUAUUUUUUUUCUAAAAAAUCAGUUUUUUUUUCUGAUCAUGGAGGUCUCUGUGAUGGGCUAUUCUCAGGGAAAUAUGGUGAGGAAGGAAUUGGCUUACAGAAAUUUGAGAUUUUAUUGUGUACCCAGAAAGGAUGAGUUAAUAUUUUCUAGGAGAAACAGUGGUGUUUGUUUGAUGGGUCAAGGAUCGAGUUGGAGAAAAGCUCGGCUUCGAUUUUCUUUAAAAGCUGUUCAUUCUCAACCCGUUGUUCGAUCCGAUCGUCUUCCUGCUACUAAAGGCAAAUUGUCUGAUGGUGUAAAAUUGUUUGUCGGGCUGCCGUUGGAUGCAGUUUCUGACUGCAAUACUGUGAACCAUGAGAAAGCCAUAGCGGUGGGAUUAAAAGCUCUGAAACUCUUGGGAGUGGAAGGUGUUGAGCUACCGCUGUGGUGGGGUGUAGUGGAAAGGGAAGCCAGGGGUAGGUAUGAAUGGUCGAGCUACCUUUCUGUUGCCGAGAUGGUUCAGAAAGUCGGUCUCAAACUUCAUGUUUCACUCUGUUUCCAUGCUUCUAAGCAGCCAAAGGUUCCACUUCCAGAGUGGGUAUCCAAGAUCGGUGAAACUCAACCUAGCAUCUUUUAUAAAGAUCGGACAGGACAGCAUUAUAAAGACUGCCUGUCAUUGGCUGUCGAUGAUCUUCUGGUUCUUGAUGGGAAGACUCCAGUCCAAGUUUAUCGGGAGUUUUGUGAGAGCUUUAAGUCUGCAUUCAUGCCUUACAUGGGUUCCACAAUCACAGGCAUCUCAAUGAGUCUAGGACCGGAUGGUGAGCUUCGAUAUCCAUCUCAUCACCGACUAGGCACAAGCAAAACCCCGGGAGUUGGAGAGUUCAUAUGUUAUGAUGAGAACAUGCUUAGACUUCUUAAGCAACAUGCUGAAGCAACUGGAAAUCCUUUAUGGGGACUUGGUGGUCCUCAUGAUGUACCAAAUUAUGAUCAAUUACCCAAUUCAAACACUUUCUUCAAGGAUCAUGAAGGAUCUUGGGAGUCUCCUUAUGGUGACUUCUUCCUUUCCUGGUACUCAAGCCAGUUAAUUUCUCAUGGAAAUCGUCUUCUCUCCCUUGCCUCUUCAGCUUUCAGGGAUACCAGACUGGAUGUUCACGGCAAAAUCCCACUCAUGCACACAUGGUAUAAAACCCGGUCUCAUGCUUCUGAACUCACGGCUGGGUUCUAUAACACAGUCAACAAAGAAGGCUAUGCAGCAGUGGCUAAGAUGUUCAAGAAGAAUUCCUGCAAAAUGAUCUUGCCAGGAAUGGAUCUUUCAGAUCAUAAUCAGGGCCAUGAGUCGUCAAGCCCUGAGUUAUUACUUGAACAAAUCAAAGCAGCUUGCAGACACUAUGGGGUCGAGAUUUCCGGGCAGAACUCAUUGGUCUCAGAAACUCCUGCUGACUUCAAUCAGAUACAGAAAAAUUUGUCCGGUGUAAAGAAUGCGGUGAACUCAUUCACUUAUCAGAGAAUGGGAGCUUCAUUCUUUUCACCUGAUAAUUUCCCUUUAUUCACCAAGUUUGUUAGGAACCUUAAUCAACCUGGAUUGCAUUUAGACGAUUUAGCAGAAGAGGAACAAGUCACAGAAUCAUCUUCACAUGUGAAUUCAGGGACAAGUAUUCAAGUACAAACUGCUUAGGUUUGGUUUUCAUUGAUGUAAAUAUAUUGUUACUGUAAGUGAGAAGAUUGUAUUGGGCAGGAGGAUACCAAAGAGAACUAGGGACUUCUCUUUUUUUUUUUUUUAUAUUGAAACCAAAAAAAAAUUAUAAAUACAUAUGGUAAAAUUUCCCUCGAA